UCUUUUCCCUUGAUCUUCAACCUGCAAAUAGAUAUCCUCGCGUCGUCGUCGUAUAUACAAAUAGAAAAGAGUUGGACUUGGACAUGGAAACCACCAACCAGGGAGAGAAUGAAGCUCUCAAGAACAGCCUCAUCAACCUCAGCUAUCAAUCGAUCGACAGAUUCGAUCAAACCUUCCAAAAUAUACUCUCCCAGACUCACCCCAGUCUCCACCUUCAUCCACUCUCAACCCCAGUAGACAGUCUAGCCGAUCAAAAAUUAGCCCUCAUCCAGUCACUCGAUCUCAUCAAUCAAUCACUCAGACAGUUUGACAAAUCAAUCUCAAAAGCCUCAGCAGCAGCAGUUGCAGCAGGAACAGCAGCAGCGACAGGAACAUCAUCAGCAGUGGUAGACACAUCAUCAUCAUCAGCAGCAGCAGCAGAAACUUCAACAGCAGCAGCGGCAGGAACAGCAACAGCAGAAACUUCAACAGCGGCAGCGGCAGGAACAGCAACAGCAACAGCAGCAACAACAGUAACGAAUACAACAAACCAAUCAAUUAUCAAAUUAUUUGCUCUUCUCCGUCAAUCAUCUCUCCAUCUCAACUCACUCAUCCAAUCCCAAUCAUUCAUCAAGCAACUCAAUAAUCAAUCAAACCAUCAUCCAACAGACCUCUCAUCAUCCUUGUCAUCCCUCGAUCAACAGAAGAACCUACUCCCACGUGCAACCUAUCUUGACCCUUCACUCAUCAUUGAAAACUUACCAGCAGAUCAAAGAUCACAAACCAGUCUACCACUCAUCGAAGCCCUCGCGCGUGAGAUCGGCCUCGAAUGUUUUCGAGACUCAGAUGACUCAAACCUCCUGACGAUCGCCGGAAAAUUAUUUGUGAUCGACAUCGAGAUCGAUCCAAACCAUGAUCAAACCCAUGGCCAGGUCAAUCGCUCCAAGUUCUCCUAUACCUUUGCCGAAGAAGAGGCCAAGAGGGAUCUCUCGAUCGAUCAAGAGCUCACCCAUCAAUUAUCCGAUAUCCAUCACCUCUUCCAAUCCCAACCACCUCAUUCAUUCUGCAACCUCGCCCAGCUCGAACUCGUCCAAAACUCCCUACAAUCCUUUGCCGGCUCACUACGUCAACUGAAAGAAUUAGAUGAACUAAUGGUCAACUCCAAUCAAUCAUCAUCAAUCGAUUACUUUAUGGUCUUCCGUAAACUGAUAUCUGACUAUCAUCAACAUCAAUCAGAACAAGAUCAGCUUGGGAAAACAGACGAGCCCAUCCCACCGAUCAGAGUCCCUCCAUCUGGAAUCCCCCUUACCUCAGUCAAUCAACUUAAACUGGAUCUCGUCUAUCAUUACAAUGCAACCGAUUUGUUAAAAGAUGCGAUCAAAACGAAAUCUAGCCAUGGAUUAGCGAUCUCUGUAGCUUUGACACCUACCACUACUCAUGCCUCAACACAUCCUGACUCACUCCAACCUCCUCCUGCUCCCUUGACGACGACGACAGCAACAACGACUUCAUCAACAGGUCAAGCUGGGACGAAAGGACUCUUCACGGCUCAUUUUUAUCCGCCUUUGGCCGUCGGUCGCGUUACUGCUGCUGCCCUAGCUCAAGUCUCCGCCAUCGAUUUACCUCCUCCCUCUUCUCCUCCUCCUCCUCCUCCUACUACUACUCAUAGCCAUCAUCAUGAUCACGGAGGCUUCAGUGAUCAUGCGACAACAUCUGAAGACAUCUAUUUGGAAGACUUGUUGGUCUAUCAAUCGAUGUCAUCUCUCAAUCCUCAUCCGAACAAAACUGAUUGGGAUAUCAAAGCAUCGAAUUGGAAAACCAAGCAAUUCGGAAAAGCAUUUGAUCGUGGACUUUCUCAAGUUUAUUGUUUCCUUGAUCCAGAGGAUGAUGGUUAUUCUGGGGACCCCAAUUCUCGUCUAGGGUUCCUGAUCACUCAAGUCAGAUUUGAUAACCUCGAUUCAUUAUUGAAAAUCAUUAAGAUUUGUCAACGUCAAGCCAUCUUUAACGAAUUAUUCAAUUCUUGCUUCAAUUCGGAUUGUUAUCUCCCAAAGCAACAAACCCGAAGGCUCCCUAAUCUUCUGGGUCAGACCGGUCUCAAUGGGAAUGCGCUUUCUUCUGAUCAACAGAGAAACAACACUUAUCAGGAAGGAGAGGGAGAGGAAGAGUUGGAUCCUUUCAAAGGAUUCCAGUCAUCUGAUUAUUUGGCAACCCUGCAGAAUCAACCUUGUGACUGGUCCGGUUUUUCAAACUCGAGUCGAUUGUUUAAAUAUCAAGAUGGCCAAGAAGAAAUCUCGAUCGAUGUGAUUCUGAACCAUGCGACUCACUCGAUAACCCUUCAAUUCAUACCCUCACGACCGCACCAUCUUACGCAGGGACAAAGUCUAUCCUCAUCAACAUCAUCACCCACAAAGCCCAAGCUCAAUGUCAGCAAUCCCGACGCUAUUGUAGAGGACGGCGGAGAAGAAAACGAAGAUGAUGAUGAUGAGUUUCGAUUGAUAAGCUUGACGUUCUCUGUCACUGAGUCGGGCUCGAUCCGUCUCCUCAACCACUCCCUCUUCGACCAACUUACUCCCAACACUGAUAUCAUCAUGUCCAGUGAUACUCCUGACCUCCUCCCGCAUGGCGGUGGGCCGAUACAGGAAUCAUCUUCGCUCAAGAUCGCCGUCUUGGAAGACUCUCUCGAUCGGGUUCGAUGUCUUCCUGUGCUCUUGAACACUUUCUUUCUUCAUCAUGAUCUUCCGUCCUUUCCUGUCUUCGUUCCUUAAUCGACACUCCCCUCCACUCCACUCCACCCCCUCAUUUCUCUUCUUCGUCUCGUUUGGAGACUUGCUUUUCUCGAGAAAAAAGAAAACAAAACGUCGCUGUGAUUGUUGCUUGUGUGAUCUUGAGAGAGAGGGAGAGAUCGCUUGAUGCUCGUAUCUCUCGAAAAGUAGAUAUCAUCCGGACACAGCUUCUGCUUACAUUUCUGAUAAUAGUCGACUUUUGAACUGUCUUAAAGCUCCCCUACCCUUGCCACUUGUUGCGAAACCUAUAGUAUCAGAAAGUAAAAAAGCAAGCCGCUCAUAUAGGAAUGUGGAUCAAAAUCCUCUGGAUAUAAUCAACACAA